CUUCCUAUUUAGACCCCAUUUUCCCCAUUUCCUACGACAAAACUCUUUCUUUCCUCUCACUUAAACCUCUAUAAUUUCCUCUCCUCAUAUAUUCAAACCCUAGCAUAGAUCCUUAGUAGUUCAUAUUAUCCUCUUCCCCAGCUAGAUAAUCUUGCAUAUACAAUUUCCGGAUGGGUAUCGAUGACUUAUGCAACACCGGCCUCGUUCUCGGGCUAGGCUUCUCCUCCGCUGCGACUGAGCCAGCCCCGAAGACCGAGCUCCACAAGCCAGGCACCGUCAAGGGGAGCUUCAUCGAACCGAACCUGACCCUUGGCCUGUCGGGGGAUAGCUACAUCGUCGGGGUCCCGCAGAAGGCCGAGCCGACCAGGAACAAGGUUGUGGUCCCCUGCGAGGACUACUCGACGGGGCCCACGGAGUCGUACGGGCGGCAGGCAUCCCCCCACAGCACGGUCUCGUCGUUCUCGAGCCCGAGGGUGAAGCGUGAGAGGGACCUCAGCAGUGAGGAGAUGGAGGCUGAGCGGGUCUCGUCGAAGGUCAGCGAUGAGGACGAUGUCGAUGGGGUUAAUGCCAGGAAGAAGCUUAGGCUCACCAAGGAGCAGUCUGCUCUCCUAGAGGAGAGCUUCAAGCAGCAUAGCACUCUCAACCCCAAGCAAAAGCAAGCUCUGGCAAGGCAGUUAAACCUGCGGCCUCGUCAAGUUGAAGUUUGGUUCCAAAAUAGGAGAGCCAGGACGAAGCUCAAGCAGACGGAAGUGGACUGCGAGUUCCUGAAGAAGUGCUGCGAGACGCUGACCGACGAGAACAGGAGGCUGCAGAAGGAGCUCCAGGAGCUGAAGGCGCUGAAACUGGCCCAGCCCUUCUACAUGCACAUGCCGGCAGCGACCCUGACCAUGUGCCCGUCAUGCGAGAGGAUGGGCAGCGGCGUCGGGGACGGCGCCGGUUCCAAGAGCCCGUUUUCGAUGGCUCCCAAGGCUCACUUUUAUAAUCCCUUUAAUAAUCCUUCCGCGGCCUGUUGAUUAAAAGCCGUGCGUAAAUUAGCCUUUAGAAACAAAAGGAAGAUCGACGAAUAUCGAUAGAGAACCAGCCUUAACCCUAUGUUUUUUUCACAUAAGGGGGCGUGGUUUAGCGAAAGCUGAUUAGUGUAAUUACUUGCAGAAAGGAAUAGUAAGUAUUAGGGCAGGUCGGACCAAUAUGAAUUAAUGCUUCUCUUUCUUUUUUGCCCUUUUAUAUUUUUAGGCAAAAAUUUGUAAAUUUUUAACUAUAUAUAUAUAUAUAUAUGUGAAUGAGGAAAGUCGAUAUUUAUUUA